UAUUUUUUCCAUUUCCAGGGGAAAAAACAUUAAGUUAAACAGCUUAAAUGUCUCAGAUUCUGAAAAAUCUCUACUCCAUCUCCACCAUGACGUCAUCUUGUCUUAGCUGUCUCCCUCUUUAAAUCUCUCCAUGCAGCUCUCUACCUCCAUUAGCGAGGAGAAGAAAAACAAAACCCAGAUAUUUUUUUUUUGUUUAGUAAAUGCGUACCAUGGAGAAGAUUUCAUCGUCGGAAUCCAUGGAUAUGGGUCUGCAGCAUCUCGCCAUUGAAAGCGACCAAACCCACGUCAUGACGUCAUCCAUACUGUCGCGGACGUCAUCUUCCUCCUCCGCCGCCGCCGCCGCCAUCGGAGACUACAUCGGAACCGAGAGCUGCUUCGAUGUCCUCUCCGUCGACGACUUAAACGACGCCGUUUUCCCCGAGCCCGUCCGGAAUAUUCCCCCGCCGUGCCGGAGGAAGGAGGAGAAGUCGGAGGCGCGUGAGUUUCCGCCGCCGAUUCCGGGACUGGCUCCGGCGGGUCCGUCGCACAUGCCGUGGGUGCUGACACGUGUCUACACGAGCGAUGGACGGCUGAUACUGCGGGAGGAGAAGGUUCGCCACCAUGAAUACUUCCGAGCUCACAGAUCCAACGGUCGCCUCACUCUCCAGCUCGUCCCCCUCGACGGCGGCGAUGAAAAUGACGUCGUUUGGAACCAUGAUGACGACGACCAUCAUCAUGAUCAUGAAGACGAUAAAACAUCCGAAGAUAUUGUCAUGGAUAAUGGUGAGGGGGAUGGUGAAAAGGAUGAUGUAAUUGUCCAUGAUGAUGAUAAUGUUGAUUCCGUACAUCAGACGGCGGUGGAGAUCGGCGGCGGAGGAUCGCCGGGAGGAAAGUGUUUGAAAUCAUGUUUUCUUGGCAUGCAAGUUGCGAAGAUCAGACCUGUUCUUAGUUAUAUUUAGUUUUUUUUGGUGAAUAAUUUAAAUUUUCUUACCAAAUGCCAAGAAUCUGAAAAUCAUGUUUUCUUCGUUUUAAUUUUUCGGGGUUGUAAUUUUUUUUGACUGAGCAGUAAUCUUUUUGGGUCGGAGAGAAAAGUUUGUGUGAAAUUCGGUCGAAAUGAAUGAGGCAGUGAAUUUUUUUUUGGACAGUUAAAUGUGUA